AUGGAGUUACGUAUCAAGGUGGUCUGCACCUCACUCUGUCGAAGCGAUAUAACCGCCUGGCAGUCUCAGAUUGGAAGUCCCAAUUCUUCCCCAUGGAUUGGGCUGUUAGCACAACUUUUAAGCACUUUCUGGCCUCCUCUUACAGUUGAAAAGCCAUUGCUUGCACCUGAAAUCCUACCAGAAACAAGCGAGGUAGUUUACUUCGCUUAA